GGCGGUUCCGGCGCGCGCCCGGGGCGGCGGCGCGCAGCGGGGGGCGGUGGGGCGCGCGCCGGCCGCAGUGGACGCCGCCGCGGCCGCCAUGCAGCUGACGGUGAAAGCGCUCCAGGGCCGUGAGUGCAGCCUGCAGGUGUCGGAGGACGAGCCGGUGUCCACGCUGAAACAUCUGGUCUCCGAGAAGCUGAACGUCCCGGUGCGCCAGCAGCGGCUGCUGUUCAAGGGCAAGGCCCUGGCAGAUGGGAAAAGACUCUCCGAUUACAGCGUUGGGCCCAAUUCCAAGCUCAACCUAGUGGUCAAACCUCUGGAGAAGGUGUUACUGGAAGAAAGCGCUGCCCGGAGACUGGCCGAGGCCCCGCCGCCACCCCCACCAGCCUGGCAGCUGAUCUCCAAAGUCUUGGCCCGCCACUUCAGCGCGGCAGAUGCCAGCAGAGUCCUGGAUCAACUACAGAGGGAUUACGAGAGGUCCCUGAACCGCCUGACGCUGGAUGACAUCGAACGCUUGGCUAGCCGCUUUCUGCACCCCGAAGUAACUGAAGCCAUGGAGAAGGGGUUCUCCAAAUAAGAUUCCCGGUGCGGGGAGGAGCCCAGCCAGGCUACAAGCUGCAUGUAGCAUUAAACGUGUUCUCCCGUCGCAAUCUGGCUCAUAAUAAUAGUAAUACCUGGCAGUACCUGGGUGUCCACGCCUGGUUCUUGCCUGGGUUUGCUCCCACGCCUCACACAAAAGGUAAGACAACGAGGCUCCCAGCAGUGAAGUGAGGGAGCCAGCGUCUGAGUCCAGCCGGAUUCUAAAAAUGCCUCCGAGUGCCCAGGAAAAACAGGGACCGUUCGGAAGGGUUCCGACGGACGGCCUUUGGCAAAUCUUGUUUAGCCCGCUGAGAACAAAUCCUCUAGCGACUCCUUGAGGCCUGAGAAGUGAAGCUGCUGGCGCCUGCUGCCCAAUCCUGUCACCUGACCUCUGACAGGUGCGGCAUUGGCAGGAGGUCAAGUGACAGCCAGCCCCGGGCUGCUCUUCCGCUGCCACAGCCAGUGGGCGCUCGACAAGGAAAAGCGGGCUGGGGAGUCACGGACCUGUGUGGUAUGACCUCAGACGAGUCCCUGUGCCCAUGGGUCCCUAGGUGUUAACUCUGCCCAGUGAGGGCCACUCUCAAAACCUCCAUUUCCUUCAUUCUUACCCAGUCCUGGGGUGAGGGGCCUGCACCACUCCGUCCACCCCACGCUCUGUAAGCAGGCCCCAAACGGAGCAACGGCCAAGCGUGGCCCAGAAAUGCGACGGCCCGGCCCUUCGUGUCACAGCCCUUCGCUACUCCCUCUGCUUGUCUCUGCCUGGACAUGGGCAUUUCUCACCUCUUAGGGAUGACAGGUGACUGACUCGAGGUCACUCAGCCUUGGACAGGCCCCCACACCCUGCACUCACCCACGGUGUGGAAGUGGACCCCUUCCCCUGCCGCACGUACAGGGGCUUUCACUUUGCACACCCCUCACUUCCUGAAGGGAAACCUCAGGGCUCUGGGAAGGGGGCAGAAGCGUGGGCUGGUGGCACCGAGCCUCCCACCUUGCCUGAUGUGCGGGCACUAGAGGUCAUCUAGUCACCAGCUCCUUGGAGGAGGACACCCAGGUCGGUCGAGGCUAGAAGAAAGCCACUCUCCUGCCUGGUCCUCAUGGGGUGAACGCUGGGUCCCCAGGCUUUGAAGAGCAGACAAGUCCCUGGCUCUGCCUGAGAGCUGGGAGUAUAGCAGCUCGUGUGACUUACCAAUGCUCCCGUCUUAUUUUCAGUCAGGAAACGUUUGUUGAAAUUUUGAAUCCCAUUAAAGGUGAACGUGAAACUGACUUGUAUCCGAAAGGAACAAUAUUAGCCAGGCUGCUUUCGGUUUCCAACGAUUGGUUUAACCAUGAAAGAAAUUGGUCUAAACGAUAAAGGAAACAGUUUACAGAUCUGAGAAGUCCCCGGGAUAUUGGCAGCAGAUGAAUAAUUUCUCCAAACGCCUAGUGUCUUCCCGCCUCCCCUCUGGUUCUCCACCCCAGGCUGCUGCCUCAGGGUCUGAAGAUGGCGGCUGCGGUUUCUGCCAAAUCUCUAGUUCGCACCCAGCCGGGAGCACCGCAGCCUCAGCCUGCGGCGUAGCUUCCUUCUCUGACGCCCCCAGCCAAUAAAUGCUAUCUUUCAUUGGUCAGAA